CUGGCCUAGUUUCCUAGCAAGAUUAGCUCCCAGGUCAGGGCAGGAUUUUCCGUCGUUUCCGCGUGCCAGCAGAAUCUACGGAGCCGUUCCUUAGCUCGAGGAUAAGUUAUUCUAACAGUUGCUCUGGGCACACCGGUAAUAGCUUCAUGUUUUGGUAUGGCAGGCGAAUUCGGAGAAAAUGUAGGGCCAGCGGACGGAAAAGAUGACUGGCCUUGUGGAACGUCGAAUCACCCAGAUCAUUGCGGGAGCCAUGGAAUCCAUCAAGAGUUUAGGAAAAUCGAUCUUGAGAACAGGAGGGGACAGAACGAAGGUCUAGUCGUCGUUGGACCAAUCCUAAAAAACGAGCGAAAUCAGGAGCAGCAGAAUCGGCAGGAGCAGGUCCAGCAGAUACUCCCCGAGCAGCAGCCGCCGCCGCUGCAGGAAACGCUGCAGGAGCAGCAAAUAGACGCAGUAAAUAUGGACAUGGAUUGUCCGGUAGUUGCGGCGGAGUUCGGUAGGGUUCCGGAGGCUGUAGCGGACGACGAGGAGGACGACAGAAAUCGGAACGAGGAGGACGAGGAUGGCGAGGAAACGGGCGACGACUUCGAGCUGCACGACGGGCCGAUUAACAACGACUGCGGAGGCAUCUCUGGGGGAGCGCCGGGGUGGGAGGCGUUUCUACCGCAGGGUAGUCUGAGGGUUUUGCUGGUCGAGGAUGACGACUCCACCCGCCACGUCGUCGGCGCGCUGCUCAGGAACUGCUCCUACGAAGUCACGCCCGCGUCCAACGGCGUGCACGCGUGGGAGCUGCUGACGGCGAGCGGUGCAGCGCGGUUCGAUCUGGUGCUGACGGACGUGGUGAUGCCGGGGCUGUCGGGCAUCGGGCUGCUCACGCGCAUCAUGACGCGCGAGGCGCUCCGCGGCAUGCCUGUUAUCAUGAUGUCGUCGCACGACAGCAUGGAGAUGGUGCUAAAGUGUUUCCAGAAGGGCGCGGCGGACUUCCUCGUGAAGCCGGUGCGCAAGAACGAGCUCAAGAACCUCUGGCAGCACGUCUGGCGUCGCUGCCACUCGUCGACGGGCAGCGGCAGCGGCAGCGGCAGCGGCACGAACGGAAAGGUGAUGCGGGAGAAGCGCGGGCCGUACGAGGGCGACGGCAUCGGGUGCAGCUUCAAUGUCAACGGCGGCAGCGACAACGGCAGUGGCACUCAGGCCAACGCCAACGCGCCCAAGGCGAAUGUGCGGGAGAAGCAGGAGAGGGAGAAUGAGCGCGAGAGGGAGAGGCAGGCGGAGGGGCAGGGCAACUGCGACGGCACGGGGAACGACCAAGCAGCAGCCGGCACAGUGGUCGGCUCCCACUCCGCCGUACCCCACACUGCCGCCGCUGCAGCGGGCACAUCCAACCCCUUACCCCCCAACACUGCUGCGGCUGCUGCUGCUGCUGCCGCUGGUGCUGCUGGUGGCAGCGGAGGGGGAGGAGCGGCGGGCCGAGACGGUGGUGCUGGUGGUGCGGGCGCUGCUGGGUGCAUGGGUAUGGGGGCGGCGUUUGCGCGCGGUAUUGAGGGGGGAGGAGGAGGAGGAGGAGUAGGAAUAUCUGCAGCAGCUGCUGGUACUGUUGGCGCUGCUGGUGCUUUUGGUGGUGGUGGUGCUGCUGCUGCUGCCGUUGGUGCUGUUGGUGCUGCUGCUACAGCUGCUGCGAGAGCGGCGGCGACAGCGACGGAGCAUCAUCUGGUGUCAGGCGCGCGCGUGACGACGGCGCCAACGCUAGCGUCGGAGGAGGCGGCGCUGCAGAUCGGCAACGAGAGCGAGGGGGCGUCGCCGCGCGCCGAGGAGGACCGCGAGAACGAGGGCACCUCCGCCGAGUCCACCAGGGAGGCGUCCGCUGAAGCCAUGCUGCUGGGAAAUCUCACUCUCGGGGCCGUGGGUCCUGUUGGUCCAGCUCUGCCUGCCUCUGCGCCUGCUGCUGCUGCUGCCCUGGGAACCGCUCUGCAGUCUGCCGCCGAACCUGCCGGCCGGCCUGUUGCCGGGCCUACUGCAGGACCUUCCGGACCUGCUGCUGCGGGUCUGGCUGCGAGGCAACUUGGGCUGGCAGGAGCUGUGGCUGCAGAGCUUGGGCGACACACCGGCAGGGUUGUUGACGCGGCGGCUGGUGGUGGUGUUGGGAGCGGUGCUGCGCGGUGGGGGAGAGGCGGCGUGGGGAGGGGGAGGGGGAAGGCGGCUGCGGAGAAGGUAAUGCCCGGGGAGGCGGAGAUCAGGGACGAUGGGUCCGGGGGAGCGGCGAGGCGAGUGGCGGACGGCGAUGGCGCGGCGUGCAGCGGGCCCAGCAGGAAAGUGGGUGGGACUGGUGCUGGUGAGGCGGAUGUGCCGGGCGAGAGAGGUACGGGGGAGGCGAAUGAACCCCAACAACGUUUGAGUGAACCCCAUCAGCGACAGCGUCAACGCUACCACCACGCCCAGCAACAGCUUCAGAAGCAACACCAAGACAAGCAGCUAGCCCAGCAGCACGGACAGCACGAGCAUCACCUGCUGCAGCCGCAGAAAGUCUCCGCCUUUACACGAUACCACACAGCAGGCCCAACCACCAGCACACCAGCCAAUCAUACCCUGCUACCUGGCGCGCCAUCUCCUGCGGCAGCUGCCGCCACUGCCGCGACAGCGCAGCUCGCCAGCGCACAUGAGGCCCCCACACGAGCGAAAGGCGAUGUUGCUGCCGCCCCUUAUGCCCCUGGGCCCACCGCUCCAGGCUCGCAUAUAAUCGCCUCUGGCAACCCGUCCUCGGGUGUCACUGCUUCUCACGGCCUGGCCACUGGUUCCCACGGCAUGCUGUGUUCCCAUGGCAUCCCAUCCUCCGGUCACGAGUGCGCUGCAGGGAGCACGGCCGCAAGGGGCGGGUAUGGGAAAGGGACGCACACCGGCAGAGUCGUUGGCUUCUGUGACUCCGUGGCUGGAGGCGUGCUGCAGAAAGGCAAGGGCCCGUUGCCCUCAGUGCCGGCUGCGCAGGCUGCUGCUGCUGCUGCUGCCGUUCCGGUGUGUCAUGCGCUGGUGGACCAACAGCAGCAGCACCUGCCGCUCUCCUCACUACCUGCCCCCACCCAUAAGCCGCUUGCUGCUGCUGCUGCUUUGAAAGGUACUGCCGGUGGUCCGUGUGCCGCCACUGGUGCUGCUGCUGGCAUGGGGGCAGGCGCGUCAGGAGCAACGUUUGCAGGGGUGAGCGGAGUGACUAGCGCCCGCGGCAGUGGCGCCGUCCCUGCUGCCACCGCCUCUGCUCCUGCUGCCGCUGCUCCUGCUGCCACGGGUGCUGCGAGCCUCGUGCCUCCGUGCUCGGCAGCGGCUGCUGCUGCUGCUGCUGCCGGGUCAGCCCCAGCCUUCUCUGCUGUCCCCGCUGCGCCUGGCCCUGUUUGCGCUGCUCCCCCUGCUGCCAGCGGCACUCCCGGCCCGCCCUCUCACUCCCCUGCAGAUGCCAGGGGAGGGGCGCUGCUGCUCAGCACCUCCGGGUGCCCUGGGGGGAGGGAGGGCGGGGGAAGCGGGGGAGGGGGAAGCGGGGGUGGGGGAAGUGGGGGAGGAAGCAGAGGGGAGGGUGGGAGUGGGGGAGGUAGUGGGGGGAACGGAAGCGGUGGGAAUGGCAGUGGGGGGAACGGGAGUGGGGGGAACGGCAGCGGGGGGAACGGGAGGACAGACCGGUCGGGCGCUGGAGGGGAGUUGACAGAGGCAACAGCCGCGUCAGUGACGGGAGGCAUAACCGGGGGAGGUCACACCCACCGCAACGGUAUCACCUCUGCUGUCACCCGCCUCCCUGCUCCUCCUCCUGCUGCUGCCGUCCCCGCAGCUCCGACCGCCCCUUUCUCAGCUGCUGCUGCUGCGGCUGCUGCUGCUGUCCCUCCUGCUCCUACUGCUGCUGCCACCGCUGCAGCAGCAGCGGCUGCGGCUGCUGCUGGUUUGUUUCCUCGUCCGUUUGACCCCAGCAUUGCAGCGGCUGGAUUGUAUCUGCAAUCGCCCGUGUACUAUGCGGCUGCUGCUGCGGCUGCGGCGGCUGCAGCUGCUGCGGUGGCAGCAGGUGUCCCUCCCCCCUGGACGUGCCCUCCGCCUCCUCCCAGUGCUCAGAGCGCAAAUCAGCAGCAAGAACAACAGAUGCAACAGCAGAUGCUGCAGCAACACCAGCGACAAAAGCAACAAGAGGGAGGGGCGUCAGGGCAGCAACAGGUGCAACUGCUGCCACGUCAGCCACCCCUGCGACCGCCACCGCCACCACCACCACUGGCACCACCGGCAGCGCCCGUAUCGUCACAACAACACAGCCACCACCAACAACAACAGCAGCAGCAGCAGCAGCAACUCUCCGAUUCACGGCGGCGGUUGCUAGAAGCACCCACGUUCCCCGCAUCUCAGUUCCCCAGCCCCACUCGCUUUGCGCCUGUCACCAUGCACAGCCGGACCCCCCCGCUCUGCCUUCCGCGCCCCCAUCCGCACGCCCUCGCGCACCCCCAUCCGCACCUGCCCUCCCACUCCAUCCCCCCCCAAUCCGCGCCCCCACUAUCAAUGCCCCAGCCCAUCGCCCCCCUGCCCUUGCUGCAACUCUCGCGGCAAAAGCAGGCUGGGCAACGGCUGGAGGAGAGGGAGGGAUUAAAGCAAGCAGAGAAGCCUCAGCCGCAGCCGCCGCAGCCGCAGCGAGAGCAGGACGAAGAACGGCAGGCGCAGGAAGAGCAGCAAGAGCAAGAGCAAGAGCAGGAGCGGGCGCAACAACAAGAUCAAGCCCCGUCUCUCCACGCCUUGGCUUCUGGAGCAACCGCUGCAGCAGCAGCAACAGCCACACCGACUGCAGCGGCCAGAGGAGCGGCCCCAGGAGAGCCAGCAGGAAACUCACCUCCGCUGCCGCCAGCGCUGCAGCAACCGCGGCGGCGGCAACAGACGCAACACCUGGCGAAACACCUGCUGCCGCCCCCCCCACCCCCCGCUGUGGCUAGCCCUUGUCGAGUUCUCAAGCAGAGCGAAGCGAAGAAGGAAAGGGAGACGGGAGGAAGCACGGCGAGGGAGGAGCGGAUGCAGGUGGAUGGUGCAGCAGGGGGGGUUGCUUUGAUGCGGGAGAGACGAGAGGAGCGGGGAGGGAACGCGGCGGAAAGGGGAGCGGCUGAUGCUGUGAAGGUGAAGACUGAGGCGAAUGCUGGAGGGCAGGAGAAUGCUGCUCCUGCGAGCAAGUCCCCUGCCUCGCCCCGGGCUCCAGUGCAGCACGUGAACUCAUUGCACAGCCAGCAGCAGCAGAGCCAUGGGAAGCUGCGCGUGUCGUCAACAGAGGCUUUGCAUUGGGUGGAAGACUCCAAGGUGCAGCAGCAGGGGCAAGUGGUGCAACAGCCAGGGCAGCAGCAGCAGCAGCGGCAGCAGCAGCACCAGCAGCACCAUCACCACCACCACCGGCACCAGCACCACCACCAUCACCAUCGCUUGCACUCCCACCCGUCGUUGCAGCAGCAGCACAGCGUCAGUGUCAUGUCGCCUGCCAACCCAGGCGCUGCUGCUGCUGCUGCCGCUGCCGCUGCCGCCACUGCUGCUGCUGCUGGUAGCAAUGGGGCCGAUGCUGCAGCUGCAGCAGCCGCUGAAGCAGCGAUGGACGCGAGAAUGAUUGCUAGUGGAAGCGGAAGUCCGGAAGGGGGAGGAUCCAACCCCCAUAACACCGCAGCAGCUGCAGCCCCGGACGCAGGUCCGGGAGCUCCUUCAGGGCACCACCGAGCCUCGGCCGCAGCUGCGGCUGCCGUGCCUCGAGGCGAGGUCGGGAACGACGGGAGCACCAAUGUGCACGUGAAGGGCGGCGGUGGCAGGAACGCGUGCGAGGGGGUUAAUAAUAGCAGCAGCAGCGGCGGCAAUGGCAACGGCAACGGCAACGGCAGCUCGGAAUACAAUGAGAGUGGCGACACGGGUAGGAAUAUGGCGGGGAGUGGCCAUGAUGGGAGCGGCGGGAGGAGUGGGAGUGGGGGAGGGAGCGGAGGGCGGAGUGGGCAAGGUUCGGGGGGAGGGGGGAGCGGGCAGGGCAGUGCCGGGGGCAGCGGAGGGGGAAGGGGAAGCGGGGGCAGUGGGGGCAGUGGGGGGAGUAAACGCGGGGAUGCCAGCGCGAAUGGGGCGCAUGAGUGGAGCAGAACGGGGGGAGGGACGGGCGGCGGGGGGAUUCAGGCGCUGCUGUCGUGCGCCAAUGGCAGUGCGGUAGGCUCCAAGGACCAAGCCCACGACACGGCAGGCAUGCCUGGGGGGCAGUCGGUGAGGCGAGAGGGGAACGCCAUGGGAGGUGAUGGGGGAGAGGGAGGUAGGGAUGGUAAUGCGGCCGCCGUUGGUGCGGCUCCUACCCCGCUCCCUGCUCCUGCUGUUCGUGGUGCUGGUGCUGGUGCUGGUGCUGCUGUUCCUGGCUCUUCUGCUGCCGCUGCCGGUGCUGCUGGGAGUGGGUUGGAGGGGGCGCGGGACAGAGGGAGGGGAGGCGCGUCAGAGGCAACGGAAGCACUGGAGGUUGCAGCCAGGGAUCUGAGAGGCGAAAGGGCAGAGGGCCAAGAGGGCAGCUAUUUCAACAAUCCUGGUGCGGCUGGUGCUGCGGCUGGUGCUGUGCAACUGGUGGGGCGAAAGCGAGGCAGAGAGGAGGCAGGGGGUGAUGAGGUGGUGGUAAUGGAGAGAAGAGAAGCGAAGGAGGGGAGAACGGGAGGCGAGGGAGAAGGCAAGGGCAGCAGAGAGCGGGCGUGGCUCGCUGAGGAGAUAGGCGCGGAGGGGGAUGAGCAGCGGCAGCUGCAGCAGAAGCAGCAGCGAGGCCAGGCGAAUAAGGAGGAGGAGCAGGAGGUGGAGCAGGAGGAGGAGGAUUGUGUGGAUGUGCACAUGAGGGACGGUGGUGAGGGGCAGCAGGAGGAGGAAGGCGAUGAGGAGGGGGAGGAGGAGGGGGGAGAGAGGAGGGCCUUGGGUGGCGAUGGUGAGCGGUGUGAAGGGAGGAGGGACGAGGCGGGGCAAGAAGAGGGCGCAGCAGGGCUGCUGUCGCUGUCAGCCUCGCUCGCUGCACCUGCCAUUCCUUCCACUGCACCUGCUGCUGUUGCUGCUAGUGCCGUUGCGCUGGCUGGAGCAGAGGCAGCAGGAGCGGGGGCAGCAGAACGGGCAACUGCAGGGGGGGGAGAACACGCAGUGAGCGGGGCGGAAGGGGCGGAAGGUGCUGGUGGUGCCGAGGGGGCUGGGGGGCCGAUGAGUCGGCAGGCGGUGCGGGAGGCGGCGCUCAACAAGUUUCGGCUCAAGCGCAAGGAGAGGAACUUCGAAAAGAAGGUGCGGUACCAGAGUCGCAAGCGCCUGGCGGAGCAGCGGCCACGCUUCAGAGGGCAGUUCGUUCGCCAACCCGCCCUUCCUCCCGCUCCUCCUGCUCCUCCCGCUCCUCCUACCUCUGUGCAGCAGCACCUGCCUCGGCCACCUCCGCUCUCAGCCCGUGCCCAUGGGGGGAGUCCUGGCUGCCCGCCCUGUGCUGUGCAGCUGCCAGUGAUGGCCGUGCAAGGCUUGGGGGAAAAUCAGGUCCCAGAGCUCAUGGCAGCACAUGCUGGAGGCCACCACGUUGGCAGGACCAUGCAGCUCUUCCCAACUGCCCCCAUGCCCGGCUGCCGCAGCCGCUGCUCCUCUUUCGCCCGCUGCACUGCCCUGUGUGCUGAGCAGCCAUGCGCAAGAAAGGGUAUUUAUCAGCCACAGCAACGGCAUCAGCAUCGGCAGUUUUGGGGCCAGCGGCAGUGCGAGUGGAAGCGGAAGUGCGAGUGCGAGCGGGCGGGUACCCGAGAGCAGCUACAGUGCAGCAGUGGCGGAUAUGAGCUAUGGUGCAGCCGUUGCUGAUAUCAACGGCCCAGAUUCCUCUGCUGGCGUGCCUGCUGCUGUGGCUGGCUUCCUUGCUGCUGCUCCUGCUGCUUCUCCCGCUGCUGCUGCUGCUGGGGGGGGGGGUGAUGGGGGCUUGGGGAAGAGUGUCUGGGGGGAGAGAGGAGAGAGUAGAGAGGGGAAUGGUGCAACGAAGUGGCCUGAGAGAUGAGAUGCUGACACCUUUUAACUAUGAUGGGCUGACACCUAGAGGGUUGGGAGGAUGACACAUGGACAGCUGACAUGCUGACAUGUGGAGGGAUGAGAGGCUGACACCGGGACUGAGAUGCGAGUGAGAAUCUGCUUUUAUCAUGGACUGGAUUGGUAGUGGGAGGGAUAGAAUGGCUUUGCAGCAUGGCUAGCAUGUGAUAGCAGUGCCUUGCUAUCCGUUUUUUGGGCUAGGCAAGCCCUUUGAACUACACGAUGACGAGUUGACGAGGACAAUGGAGGAUGCGAGGGGAUACUGAAGUGUCACGGGUUUCAAGGAGGUGCGUUUUGGAGGGUCUAAGGUCCUCAGCAUGCCUUUCUGUAGAUAUGUGCCCUAGUGAGCUGCAGCCUGCAGGCCCCUCUGAUAUCCCUGCUCUUUGUGAAUCAACAUUAGGUGAUGUAGGCGUGCGUAAAGGAAUGCAUGUAAU